AUGUCCCAUUUCUCUAGCUCUCACCACAACUCCCAGCUAAACGGUGACCCGAAAAACGUCUACAACCCCGAACCUACGCCAUCCCCUUCUCCCCCCAACGGUCCGAUACCGUUAGCCAACGGCAAAUCCGAUUUGAAAAACACCAACAAAACCCACAGUAUCAUCAACGUUGGUGGGUUCCGUGCUCGAACAAGAUCUCGCGCCCUUUCGACACCGAUACCAGCAUCCCCAAUUCGACAUAGUAACCAUGAUAAUUUUCCUCCCAUAAGUGCUGCCCCGAUAUCUAUUGAAACCCACCGCAGAACUACCAGUCGUAGCUCAUCGAGACCACUGUCUAUGGUUCAGGCCUACCAACCGCCCGUCAUGGAUGUAAACGAAGACACGAUACCUGAACUCCAGCCUAUUUUCACCUUCCUCAAUAGUCAUGGAAAUAAAUUGUACCAGGAGGGCUAUUUCCUAAAACUAGAUGACCAAAAUACUUAUGGCAAGCCGAACCCGGAUCGGACUUGGACGGAAUGUUUCGCCCAGCUUGUAGGAACCGUACUCUCCCUCUGGGAUGCUGCGGAAUUGGAUGCUGCUGGUGAGGAUGGAGAAGUUCUGCCCAAAUUUGUCAAUUUGACAGAUGCUUCUAUCAAGAUGAUCGAGUCACUUCCGACGAGGUCCGACGAAGAGACGCCGUUACAGAAUAUUCUCAGCAUAUCAACGGCAGGCCGAAACCGGUAUCUGCUUCACUUCAAUUCUCGUGCUUCACUUAUUCAAUGGACUGCAGGCAUUCGACUUGCCAUGUUCGAGCAUUCCACUCUUCAAGAAGCCUAUACCGGCGCUUUGAUUGCAGGCAAAGGCAAGACAUUGAAUAACAUUGGCGUGAUUAUGGAGCGAGCGCGCACACCUAUAGACCAGUGGGUUAGAGUCCGAUUUGGUGCUGGCGUACCGUGGAGACGGUGUUGGUGUGUUAUCACACCACCAGACGAUAAGGAAUAUCAAAAGGCGGCAAAGGAGCACAAGAAAAAGUCGCCAUAUGACCGAUCACAGCCGAUCCUGAAAGGAGACAUCAAAUUCUAUGAGAGUAGGAAGGAUGGAAAGAAGGCAAAGAAAAUGCUCCCAAUAGCAACGAUCAGCGAUGCUUACUCUGCAUACGCAUUAUACCCUCAAGCCAAGUCGUUGAUUGAUGCCUCGACAUUGAUUAAGAUCGAAGGAAAUAUUACCAUCCACACCGAUCCCCCGACCUCGAGCGAAGGUUUCGUGUUCAUCAUGCCUGAGGUCCACCCAGCUGUUAGUGGCUUCGAGAUGAUGCUCAGGUUCCUGUUUCCGACUUGGGAUACGUUCGCCCUCUACGGCCGCCCCGGCAGACUGGUUGCCAGCGUCCUCGACUCGAGAUCUCUUAUGUUUGCAAUGCCUAAGCAUAAACGAUAUGGCUAUCUAGAAUUAUUGGAUGUGUCGGGAUUGAUCUUGAGUGAGGGCAGUUCGAGCUGGAAGGAGCGAGAAUGGAGAAAGAAACUGAAGGAGUUAACUGGCACGCGCAUGAAUGCCAUAGACGAUGGAGCUAGUGCCAGUUCCAGCCAAACUAACAGUCAAACCAAACGCCUCAGCUUUGGGCAAUCCGCCGGUGCAGGCCCAAGGCCUCGUGUAGGGUUCGCUGACGAUGCGCCUACGCCACCAUCUGUUCGCACAUCUCGUUCCUUAUCACUUAGCAAUCGACCGUCGCCCAGGACCGACUCGGCCCCCCCUGGAACCCGAGAGUAUGGUCCAUCUGGAACACCAGGAAGUAGGUCUGCGCAUGCUCGUAACGCGUCGGACUCUAAUGUGGCUGGUCCAAUGCCACCUCCCCACCCAGAAAACUCAUAUUCAUCAAGCCCAGCUUCUUCCACUCGAGGACCCAUGCCAGCCCGCGCCCUUAUCCACGAUUUUGCGGCAACCCCGGAUCGUAUAAGUUCGGAUGAUGACCACGUGGAUUCGCCCGUACGUGAUUUUGACGGAAUGCAGAGGAUGCAAACUCCAGAGCCAGUAUCACAACCCCCUAGCUUUUCUCACGCCCCAGGACAUGUCCCUUCCACUCGACCUUACCAUUCACCUGAAAUGCGCCGUGCUAAUAGCCGUUUGUCGUUAACCACGCUUGCGCAGCUUCAAGGAGCUGGUGGAGUUCCCGUAGACGAAAACGUGCCGAAUGGCGAGAGACAGAAUGUUGAACGCCGCGGGCCACCUCCACAGGAAUUUGAUCAGCAUGGCCCACCGCCUCCGGUACAUGUUCACGCCAACCUCGCUGGGAUGUCUGCUAAUACCGGGUCUCGUGAAGCUCUAAGGGAGAACCAGCAACAACCAUCUGGACUAAUGUCGCCUCAGAUGGCGCCUAACGGCAUGCGAUCCAGAUCACCGCUGAAUCAAGCCAUGCAACCCCCACAUCCAGGCUCACGAGGGCAGAGUCCAGGCCCAGGUCAGCGACCUGGAACUCCGAACUCUCGGCCCGGCACCGCAUCCGGAAACCGACCCCCACCUCCACCGGGAUACGGACCACCUAUGGGAAUGGCCCCAGGACAUCCAGGACAUCCAGGACAACGAGGUCCUCCCCCUUACGGUAUGGCCCCUCCCGGUAGAGGCCGAGGUCGAGGCCGCCCUCCGCCGAACAUGACUCCCCAGGGCCGUGGCCAACCGAACUACCCACCGCACGAGAAUAUGUAUCGAGGAUAUCCGCCACAAGGCCCGCCACAAGGGCCACCGGGUCCCGGCGGGCCAGAAAGAACAAGAUCCCCUGCUCCUGCUAAUCGAAGGCCCAAUCCACCCCCUCUUAACACAUCUCCGCCCGUUAACAGGAAACCCCUCCCCACUCGUUCCGAUAGCUUGCAGCACCGACAAGUUCGUGACGACUUGACGCCGCAGUCUCCCUCUACAAGCAACGGAAGUCUUACCGGUCAUCGACUAGAUGCUACUGGACUAGGUCAGAUUCGCCCCCUGAACCCGGGCCCUCGGGGUGGUCCAAAUUCUGAGGUACGACGUCAAAUCACGAACAAAAGCCAAUCUAGUAGCCGUUACGAUGAUUCAGCAUCAACUGAUAGCCCCGACUACGCUAGUUCUCGCCCGUCGACGGAUACGGCGUCCUCAAACGAGCGUGAGCGCCCAAGGGCCGGUGUGCUCCGGACAAUAGGAAACACAGAUGAUUCUCCUCUCGAAACCGGUCCCCAUUUUGACAUUCCGGACAUAGAUUUUGGCCCAACUGUGAACUACGCGAACGCCCCACCUACCAAGGCGCCUACUCUUGGAAGUCCUCCCGCCAGGGCGUUUUCACCAGGCCCCCCGUCUCGUUCUCCCGCGCGCACCCCCGCGACCCCACGCAGAUCACCCGGGGCCGAAGCAGGGCAUGGCCGUCAAGAAUCGGAGGAUACACUCCGUCGAAGUGUCAUUUGGCAGCCGGCAGUUCUCACUGCUGCGUCUAGUAAUCACGGGUCCCAGGGUAUCUCUGCUGAAGAGUUCGUUCAACAGCGAGCUGCCGCCGCAUCUGCACCAUUGUACACCCAUCAGAGGCAUUCGUCCGGAAAUACUCUUAGUGGAUACAGGGCUGGCACCCCGACGCCUCCGCUCACCCGAGGUCAAGGCUCAGAUUACAUUGGUAUGGCACAUUCGCGGAACAAUUCUUCAGACCUCUUGCAACGUCCAGGUUCUCGGGGAGCUGGUGAGCUACUUCAGCGUCCGAACUCACGGGGUCCUAGCGAAUUGCUACAACAACGCCCAGGCUCUCGAGGUGCCGGUGCCGUUCUUGGAGGCCAAGGAGGUAGCGAUAUCCACUUGUCGGCUCGGGAGCAGGAGCACGUGGCACGGGUCACAGGUACCCCCUUGAUCAGCAUGGCAGGUAAUAAGAAUCCUACACAGACUAAUGCAGGACUGGUCGGCGCAAUUGAGGCCAGGGAGCGCGAGAAACAUCAAAUGAAACAAGGCUGGAGUAGUCAAGCUGCCCAGCACGCUAUUAACCAGCGCCAGCAGCAAGCUUUCCAGCAUUACCCACAGCCCGUGUCAUCGCCUCCGCCCUCGGGCAUGUACUCUAACUUGGGCCGCGGUAGUGCGCCUCAGUCCCCCAACUAUGGUAGUUACGGAAAUGCUGUUCCUUUAUCGUUCGAGCAAGAGGGAAACUGGUCAUCACCUGGCCCGGGAUUCCGGUCUCCUCCCCCCGGUAAUUUCGAUCCUCGUUUCGGUCCGCAGAGCCCUCCGUCAUUUUCAGCUCAAAGUCCCCCUCCAACGAACCAAAGAGGGCCAGGCAACUAUCCCUAUCACGGACAAGCCUUUUGAUGCGUCAAAAACUAUUUUCUUUUAAUGAAUUAACAAGGUGAAUCACCUAGUUAUCCUCAACACAUUCUCGAUUUCAUAAUCUCGAAGGCUUCUGGCUGCGUGCGUAUUGAAAAAGAACUUCUGGGAGAAGAAGUAUGCUUAAUUGAAGAAAGCAUAGGAACACUAAUGAACAUCUUGAUGAUAUAUGGUAGAGGCAUUGCAUGAGUCUCAGGUACUCACUUUUUUUUUUUUGUUUCUGUGUUUUUCCCCCCCAAAAAACAACUAGCAUCGCACAGCACUCGUAUCUCUUUUUCCUUUUUCCAAGGCACUGGGGCAGCAGGCAGGCGGGCGGCGGGCAGUUUCGGUAUGUUUUAGCAUUAAGAUCAAGAUCCAAUGGCAUACAAAGAUUUGAAAUUAUUAUAACAAUAAUUGAAAGUAGAAGUAGGCCUCUAGUCACCGGCCUAUUUGUCUUGAUUCUAUUCCUAGAUGCCUAACCUAGGUACGUGAAGUUCGUACGUACGUAGAACGUGCAUGUAAGCAUAAAUAAAUAGGCAUCUAUUCGUAUGUUCUAGUAAUCAGUUAAAAAUACUUGGACGACUUCU